AUGUCGGCUUCCGAAUCCCGAUGUUCUGUCGUUGCUGCUCACCGUCAAGUCGUCGUCUCGCCUCUCUCCCUCUCCAUCACCCUCGACCCCUCCAUCGACCACCUCUCCCUCGCCCUCGCCCUCGCCGUCGUCCAGGCACCCUCCGCUACGGCUGCCUCCCCCCGCCGCAGUUCCACCACCUCCUCUCAAAUCGUGGCUGCGGCAACACCGGAAGGCGUCGUCGUCGCUAAUUUCGCCGGAGAUGAAAUCGAUCGGAUACACCCCCAUUGCGGCACCUGCAAUUACCUAUUUCUGACUCUUUUGAAAAUCGGUCAAUUUGGGGAAGCGGUGGAGGUGUUGAAAGGGAUGGGGAGGGCGAGAUGCGUCCCCGAUUGCGACAGCUACAGGGGAUUGAUUGCUGAGUUGAGCGAAGCGAGGAAGGUGGACGCCGUUGCGGAGGUGGUGAAGGAGAUGAUGUAA